UUUACGACUCUCUUGGAGGCUGAUUCAAAAUGGAGUAGGGUUUACAGGCACUAAUCCGAGCCCAACCGAAUAGCUUUACAGUCGUAUUAUAAAUUGUUUCUUACAGAAACCGGUUGCCCCUUGAUAUAAAAACGACGAGCGCCGGCAACAUGACAGAAGAAAAGAAGUCCAGCUCUCUCGGUUUCUUUUCGAGCUAUGACGAUUUGAGCGACAGCAGCGAUGGCAGCGACUCCGACGAGGAGGGAGAAAGUCGGAAGAAGAAACCGGGGACAGAUGCUGCGGGAAGCGGAGCUCAGUCCUCCCAACAAGGGACCAAACGAGCCGCCGGUGGAGCUCCGUUACCCAAACCCGACGAGCUGUUCGGCUCCGUGUCCAAGCCCGCCUUCCUCUACAACCCGCUGAACAAGGAGAUAGACUGGGAGAGUCUCACGGUCAAAGCUCCCGAGGAGCCUGCCAGAGAGUUUAAGCCAUGGAAGACAAAUGCUGUACCCCCUCCUGAGAGCUACACUGCAGAGCCAGAGAAGAAGAAGGGACCUCCUCCAGGCAUGGACAUGGCAAUAAAGUGGUCCAAUGUGUAUGAGGACAAUGGGGAAGAUGCACCACAGCCGUUCACUGGCAACGCCCGGUUCUUACCCACAGAGGAGGAGCUCCCUGAAUCAGAUGAGGACUCAGAUAAGCUAGACCUGUCUGCCAAGAAACGCCGAGUGGAGACCUUCCACCAGAAGGAGAAGAGGAAGAGGGACAUGGGACAAGCGACCUCUGACAAGAAUUUCGUAGAGGAGGAGAAAAGGAUCCUCAGGCAAAAUAUUGAUUGAGGCCUAACCUUCCUGCAACAAUCUGUUUCUAAUUUAAAUAUUUUAUGUCGGCUGAAAACGCUCACAGAUAUAAGCACAGUGGUCAAGUAGGUGAUAUGCUGCAAACAUAAAUAGGCAUUUUACCUACAUGUUGACAUAAUUUGCAAUAUUAUAGUUUUUGUUUUCAAAGGACUGUCGGCACACUUUUAAAAGUAUAGUUAAUGACAGUCCCACUGUUAAUGUUUCAAUUUAAGAACUCAGGUUCUGGUAAAUCUUCACGGACUAUUUUCCCAAGUUCAAGGAAAAUUCAGGUGUUUUACAGUCUGGGUUGUAUUUUCAUCUUUUUUUCAUUUUUUUUUUUCAUCCCUCUUCGAUUUUACCCACCAGCUCUCUUCACAGGGAUGAGGGAUAUCACGAAACACAGCUUUACAACGUGCACUGGGCAUUACCAAACCAGUGGUGGGACAGGUUUGGUCCCAGUCUGGCGUCACCUUCGCUUUACUUCCGAAAUAUGUAGUCUAGACAUCAAGGUGAAGUGAGAGUUUAAACCUGCCUGUUCUUUGGUGAAUACAAUGUUAUCCUAACCUAUAAUGACGAAGACCAAAACUGCAACAAAUGAUUUAACUUUGAGAGGGUUUAGCCUGCUCGGACACCUUGAACAUACAGAAACAUAAGCGUGGUUAGUUGGCUUUGCCUCUCAGUUUGCUAUAUUUUAAUGAGCUAAAAUAACAGUGAAGUCCAGCUGUGGUGGUUUACUUGGUCUGUGUUCGUCUUGUACUGUAUACAAUAUAUAAUCACCACUGACAUAUGAAAUAUAUGUGUGUUGUGUUCAUACAGUGACUUUCCUAUAAAAAAUGUGAUUUAAAAUGGCUGUGAAUCUGUUGAAAUUAUUUUUUUUUUUAUUUUUUAUUUUUUUUACAACUGCUUGUUCUUCCUGCUUAUGAGCACUAGAUGUCGCCCAUGAGCUGCACUAGAAAACAGUCCCUCCGUGUUUGUAGGGGCGCGUGCUUCACUGAAUACAAGGGUCAGUGUUCUGCUCUUCACUUGGGAAGUUCUCUCAUCUCAGUUCUCUUGAGGUACUCGAUGCAGACAGACUGUUGAUUCAGUCUCAUGUACCUUGUAUUGCACAACACGUUACUACAUCUGUGUGAAAUAAAACGUCUUGCAUGUUUACUAUCCAAA